AUGGGACCCGAGUGUUUGUGGAGUCAUUUCACUCAUCCUCAUGUUGUGAUCCGUGUGUGAGUGGACGUCAUGGACCCCCCAGAGCCAGAGGCGGUGGUCGCUGCUGCUCAGGACCCGAAGCCGAGUCCCGAGCCCGAGCUCUCUGCUGCGAUGCGGGCGAAGAUCGAGAGGAACCGGCAGCGAGCUGUGAUGCUCCGCCAGUCCCGACUAGCGAGCCGCCCUUUGUCCGCGGGGGAGGGCGCCACCUCGGCCAAGGUCUCCAAGACCGUGGACUCCGGAGCCGGCUUCUUCAUCGAGGAGGAGGAGGAGGGAGAGGACGAGCACAAGGCCAGGAAGGUGGUGCAUCAGCCAGCUCCAGUGAUUGAGCAAGACUACCUGGUUUGUGAUGAAUGUCAAAAACCCUUUAUGGACUCCUACCUCAGUAACAGCUUUGACCUGUCUGUGUGUGACAAGUGCAGAGACAACGAAGAGAAGCACAAACUGAUCUCCAGAACUGAGGCCAAGCAGCAGUACCUGCUGAAGGACUGUGACCUGGACAUGCGAGAGCCUCCGCUCAGGUUUAUACUGAAGAAGAAUCCACACAACCCAAUCUGGGGCGACAUGAAGCUCUACCUCAAAGUUCAGGUGGAGAAGAGAUCACUGGUGGUGUGGAGUUCGGAGGAGGCUCUGGAGGAGGCCAAGGAGACGAGAGAAGAGAACCGAGAGGUGCAGAAACAAAAACGCUUCAACAAGAAGGUCAAAGAGCUGCGUCGGGCGGUGAGGAGCAGCAUGUGGACCAAAGACACCAGCGUGCACCAACACCAGUAUGGACCAGAGGAGGUGGUGGAUCCAGAAGAGGACCUCUACAAGAAGACCUGCACCACUUGCGGACAUGAACUCUCCUACGAGAAGAUGUAG